AACCAAGCCCUACCAGGAUCCAAGGCGGGCGGUGCGCCACAGCAGCCCAGCUACGCCAAGCCAAUGAGCCCCGGCUUCUCCCGCGACUGAGGCAGCGUCCACUCAAUCAGCAGCCUGCGAAGGUGGAGCCUAGGCACGCCGAGCAGCACGGCGGCUGUAUUUCGCUGGAAAGAGAAACCGCGGAGCUACUUCCUGCUCGGAACCACGUGACUCCUCCAGGUGCUCCAGCUGUGCAGUAUUUAAUGUCAAUAGCCGAGGCGCCGGGUUGGUAUUGGGCAGGCGAGUUCCCUGGCGCUGCAGACCGGCCUCUGGUCACCUGGCACACAUGGAGGCAGCACUCGGGCUUUAAUUAAAGGCUGCCUUGUUUUUUAGCUCUGGUAUUCAUUUCUUCCUGGCCAUUCGGAUUGGUGCAUUUAAAAACAACGGGUAUCUGAUUUUCUUGUACUGGAGUCUCCUGCAGGAAACAACAGCUGUUCUCCAUCUCGGUGUGUCUGGAGUAGGGACUGGGGCAACCCUCCCUCGGAUGCUGAAUACUAUGCGCAAAGCGAUGCCACUCGCUCCCCAAACUCCUCUCCCGCUCGCAUGGACCGUCGGAGGAUCUGGAGCCGUGUGAGCGGUCGGAAGGGACUCGAUCUAGGUAUUUGCAUGCAGGAUCCCAGCUCCGCUAUUACCAUGCGUGUUGGUGACAUCUGGCGCUGGCAGCUCCCUGGGUCCGACAGAGGGUAAUCUGAACUGAGCCGCGGGAGGUAGACCAGCAGGGACACAAGUUCACCCAGUUAGCAGCCCAGCCCGCCUGUUGGAGUCUGCAGCCUGCCUGAGCCAUGGUGAAGGAGGAAUGCAAAGCGCUGCUCGAUGCGCUCAGCAAGGUGACUGCCUGCUAUCGGCACAUGGUGCUGACCAUCGGGGGCACCUCGGACUCGCAGAACCUGCGGGAGGAACUGAAGAAAACUCGGCAGAAAGCCCAGGAGCUGGCGGUGGCUAACAGGAACAAGCUCACCGCGGUCCUGAAGGACAAGACGGUGAGUAAGGAGGACAAGGCUGAAUUCGAGAGGCUCUGGGUGAUCUUCUCCACUUGCAUGGAGAUCCUGGAGAUUGACAUGAGGAGAGCCCUGGAGCUGGGCCAGGAGUUCCCCCUUAACGUGCCCAAAAAGCACCUGAUUCAGACGGGCAUGAGCGGGGGAACUUCUGGGGUGGCCGCCAGGGCUAUGAGCGUCCAGAACAUGAAAUACGAGGCUGAACACAACAUAGAUGUAGUGGAUUUGAAAGACCUGGAGAACGAGAUCAACCAAGUAGGAGAGAUGAUGUACGAGAUGGAGAUGAAAGUGAAUGUCCCCCAGUGGACAGUAGAGGCUAAACAGGACCCUGGGGCUGAACUCAAAUCCACCAUUAGCGUGGGCGCCUCCUCCAUUGGCAUGAUCUCCGUGGAGGAAAACAAAUCCUUUUGCGAUAUCAGCAAAGUUCUAGCUGGGAUCAUUUUCUCCGCGGUGCUCAUUAUCGCUAUUGUCUUGGCGGUGUGUGUGGUAAAACUCUCAUAGGCUGGCUGAGUGUUCCUGCAAGACUUCCUCUCUCAAUCUCUCUCACAAGUAUUUCAUGCAGUAUGGUUCCUUUCAAGAUGGGUCACUUGGAAGAGCUGACAAUUAAUAUCUUGCAUAUAAAAACAAAUCGUUGGAUAGCAUACAAUCUGAUCAUGCCUCCAGCAUCUGGAUGUAUGUGGUUUUGGUUGGUUUGUUUUAAAGCUCUAAAAGGGGGGAAAGGUACAGAUCAGUAUAGGAUGACUUUUGGCUGGUUUUGUAAUGGUUAACUGUGUGCUAAGUAUCAGGGUAUUAUCACUACAGGCUCUAGCAGGGAUUUGGCUGCUAUUAAUAGAUGACUAUUCUCAGUAGCCUGAAAUUAUUGUUCUUUAAUAGGCUCUGAUGUUCAUUGCUGGUCCAUGUUUACAAAGUAGUUGAGAAUUGCACAGGAUUUGGGGGUGGAUAAGGUGGAUGGCUGUGGCAAAAUUAAUGGACAUGUAUGUGAGUUUUCCUCUCAAACACUGGACAUUCUGCCCAGAAGAAAAAACGGAAAAUCCCAGUAAGAAGAUGUAAACAAUGUCUAUUUUAUCUUAAUCCUUGGAGUCUAAACCUAGGAGGGUGUGCAAUCAAUGUUUGAUACCAAAUGCACUGUUUGUACAGAUCCUAAUUGCACUUUUUGACACAGCAAACAUUAAUAAUCACUAAAGGAAAUCCAAAUCUUCAAGAAAGAUGGAGAAUAUCUUCUGCAGAACAGCUUUCACAGAGAGGUAUUAAGUCUCCAUCCCUCCCUUUUAUAUAUCUCCUUUUAUUUUCCCCAGCAGAAAAGCUAAUUCUUGCUACGUGUCCAAAUUCUUCUUUCCAUGAAAGUGGUCGAACUUUACAUCAGCUGUAAAAUUAAAUAUUCUACAUUUAUCCAAAAUUAGAAGUAGCAAUUUUUAAAACAGGUUAUGGCAAACUAACAAAAUCAUGUAAAGUGAAAACCAAUGCUCUAGCUUGUCUGCCUCUAUUUCUGCAGCACAAAUCGAGGUCUAAUCUCAUGUUGACCUGUUACUGUUAAUAAGAUCUAUAUAGCUAUCUGCAGGAAUCCAGAGGAAACCAAAACUGCAGGAUUCAAUCUUGUCAUUUUUAUUUGCCUGAUUAAUCCAAUUGAAAUGACUGGAAAUGCAGAAUUGGGCCUAUAGAUGGUAUCUUUGAUCGGAUGUCUGUGCAGUUUUGUAAGAACAGAGCAUAAAGUCUAACUGACAUUUUUUUCUUUUUGUUUGAUUGUUUACAUGCAGACAGUUUAAACUUUUUUCCCUCCCCCAAUAAAACUCUGAGCACUGACACAACUCUGACUUUAAAGAGAAUUUCUGUGAUCUCUCGCAUAAAAAUGCAUGUAUCCAUUUUUUAAAUAUACAAAUUAUGUGCAUCUGUUCUGUUUAAAGUAGACUUGCUCCUGUGCACACAGAUUCUUGAGUAACUAUACAGUGCCACAGGCAUAGAUUGUACUGUUCAGGCAAAUAUAAAGACAAGCCGCUGCGAUAUAAGGGUUAAAAUGUAAAGUGAUAAAUUAGAGACGCCUCUGAAUUGAGCAUAAAGGACACAUUACUAAAAUUCACCAUGAAAUUUGUUGACAAGAAGUUACUGUGCAUAUGCAGUAGUGUGUAUGUGUGUUUAAACAAAAUCAUGUCAGCUUUCUUAAUAAAACAAUUUUGUAAUUCAAAAAAGGCAAAAAUUUUAAAAUAUUUAUUAUUAAUCAUGUUUAUUAUGGUCGUGCAUAAAGGCCAACCAAGAGUGAGCCCCUAUUAUAUGUGGUACCAUACAAACACAGAGCAGUAGACAGUUCCUGCCAUGAAGAGCUUACAGUCUAAACAGACAAGAUUGGAGGAAGAUGCUCUGACAUACAAGCAGAAUGAACAAUGUGAUGGAGACAAAAGUCAUGUUUUUUUGGGGGGGUACAUAGAGGGGAUAAGCUAAAUAGGAACAGAGUGAGGUGACAGGGCAGGGAAGAAGGUGGUAAUGGGACAGGUGUGGAGUGAAGCUGAGGUGAAGAGACUGAGGAAGGAGGGGGAGCAGGAAGGUUGGAGCAAACAGCCAAUCAACACAGGAGAGAGAAAGCAGUCAAAACUCUAUAAAGUUCUCCAAAGGACCAAAAAUCCCUGCUUUGGUUGCUUCUGCCCUUACUGACUGGAGUUUCUGGCUGGCUCCUCCACAGUUUUCUCCUAGUGCCCCCAGAGUUUACCCUUUAAAACUAAAGACUAGUAAAGUUAGAUUUUUGGAGAGCAAAUAAAAGCUCUUGUAUGUCACAUUUGAACCUAUACAGUGUUGUAGCCAUGUUGGUCCCAGAAUAUUAGAGAGACAAGAUGGGUGAGUUAAUAUCUUUUAUUGGACCAACUUCUGUUGGUGAGAGAAAGAGAGGCUGACACAGAGCUCUUCAGGUCUGGGAAAUAUCCUCAGAGUGUCACAGCUAAAUAUAAGGUGGAACAGAAUGUUUAACACAUAUUUCAAGGGACCAUUCAUGUUGAAGUGGUCAGUUAACACUAAGUGGAAACACUAAUCCAUGCUACUAGUCUGAAUUUAAGGCCAUAUAUUGCCCUUGCUCAGCAUGUGGAAUUCUCAUAGAUGCUAAUGUGAAUUCUGCAUAUGGGUCCAGCCCAGGCUAAGUUUGUGUGUGUUGUGGGGAUUCAGAGCAAGGCUGUACAUUUUUAACCAAUACACUUCACUCAUUUUACUGGGGUAAUUUUGUAUGUGGUUAUUAAUCUGAUUGCUUAAUGGUCACAAACAGAUUAUUUUGAGAAGAGAGAGAAAGUUUGUAUUUUUGGUGCUAUUGUUCCAGUCUGUCUAGAUGGAGACUCGCUGAAACUGCUGUGCGUUGACUUACAAGUGAAGGUCUCCUUCAUAACCAUAAGGGCUAGACACCUUUCUAAAAAUAAAAAAAAAUAAAAAAAAGUUUGAUGGAAAACCUUAAUACUAUAGAUUUGGAUUGCUACCACCAAUCACUAGAUAUUCAUGUUCACUGUUUGCACUCUUCCAACAUUCAGUUUACAAGGAACUGAAUAAGAACUAGGACCUUAUCCUGUUUUCCUUGCUUUCCUUUCCUUUUACUCCUAUUGCGCUCAGUUAACUUUGGUAAGAGUUUUGGGUGUCCAAGUAAUGCAGUUUUGGUAUCUGAUGGAUAAUAAAUGAUAAUAUCCACAACAUUAAUUGUCUCAAAGUCCUGAAUUGCAUAUACUGUCUGUCUUCAGUUAGUUGUAUAAGUGUUUUAACAGUAAACAAUUUGACAUUUUAAAAAAUGAGCCUCAGGUUAAUAAGUUGUAAAUCUGUAGUGUAUACAAGACAUACAGACUCAGCUACUCAAAUCUUUAUUUAUGUGAGUAGCCCUUAUUCAUGUAAGUAGCUCCUCUUACUUCAGCGUGAUUACUCCCACAAAUAAGCCUUUGAAGGACUGGACCCUGUAUCAUUCCAAAAAAUUAAACUUUUCUAUCUCAGCACAAACUGCAGAUUUACACAUCAUUAACUUGUCCAUGUCUCAACAACAUCAGUAUUAUCAACUGAGCUUACAUUAAGGUAUGUGAUAUUAAAAGAUAAAUAGAAGUCUGACAGCAGGAUUGGCACCACCUAAUUGGCUAAUACCCUACCAUUAAUCUCCUAAAAAUACCCAGUACAACUGUAUGUACAAUGUGACAUAGUUCAGGGAAACUUACAUGCAUAAAAUCCAAAUGGUAAUAAACAAAAACCCUUUGUGCAAGUCUGCAUCAAGGAGCAGAUCCUAGUUUCAUCAAAUAAUCUGAAAUUUUGCAUUAGACUUAAAUGGGAGCAAGAGCAAUUCCCCACCCAAGUAAAUGUUUGGUUCUUACUGCUAUUAGAAAGCUUUUUGUAUCAUGUUAGAAUAUCUUAUUAUAAAUAGAAACUUUACAAAUAAGAAUAUGGGGAGAAUGUUAAAACAUCCCAAUGAGCAACCUGAAAGACAUUAACUAGCAAUUACAAUUUAUUUAUCCAUCUAAUACCUUUAAAAAAAAGCUGAAUUAAACAAUGAAAUUUGGUUUCUUGUGAAACAAAUUAAUCCUUUUUUGCUGAAAAUUCUGUUCAGUUUACAAAUUUUCAAUCUAAGAAUUAAAUUUAUAAUUGCAGUUUGAAGGGAUUGGGAAGAAUAUUUUUGUAAAUAAAGAUUACUAAAAUCAAGCUUUAUAAUAUUGUACAUGUUCAGUGUGUGACAAAAAUAAAAAUAUUUGGACUAUGUUGCUAACCAGGCACCACAAAUGUUACUCUGUGUAUUCAGAAAGAAAUUAAGCAAUGUGCAUUUUUUUCAAACUAUCAGGUUUUAUUUCAAAAUACUUGUCUUAAUCGAUAUUGCAUAUCCAUUUUAGUAUGAGUCUGUGAAAUAUUAAAAUCUUAUAGUUGAAUUACUUGCAUCAUUCCAUCCUGUGCAUGGUGGAAUUACAUUUUCUAUACUUGCAGUAAAACUUGUUACUGUCACUAUUAUUUCUUCCAUUUAAAAUAAAGUAUGUUCUGUUAACUAUCUGGUUCACUUGCAGCAGUAAUUAAAUUUAAAAAAAACACUUUAAAAUAUGUCUAUUGACAAUUAGCUCAAUAAACCAGAUGAUUCUAUUUCAUUCUAAAUCAUCUGACUGAUAUACCAAACUCUCAGAUACAAACACCAUAAUUCUACAUUCCUAUUAAAGAAAAAAAAGUACCUUCUGACUACAGAUAUGAAUCUUAAAUUCUAAUUUUAAUGUACCAUCUUUGACAGAAAUCCCAUUGUUUAGGACAUAUAAAACUAGAGUGGACAAAGUACUAGCAUAUAAUGUACUGCAGAAGACAAUGCUGUACUGAUGGGGUUAAGGACUAGGGCUCAGAUCCACAAAGGUAUUUAACCUCCAAAAUUAGGAGCCUAAAUACCUUUGUGGAUCUGUGCCCUAGUCCCUAACCCCAUCACUACAGCAUUGUCUCCUGCAGUACAUUAUAUACGAAUACUUUGCCCACUCUAGUUUAAUUGAUUUCAGUGGAAGUAAGGAGCCUAAAUACCAUUAGAGUCUGCACCUAGAUGAUAUAAUAAAUCUUUUCCAUCUCUCAUGUCUGAGACCCAAAUUCUGUGGUCUUGAGUCAAGCAAAGGUCCUAUUGACUGCAGUAGAAGUGUUGCUCGACUGAAGGACCACAAAAUGUGGACCUGUGGCUCUCAUAACAACAGUGGCAGAUAACCUGUUUCUGUGAAAUGUUGCAAUUGUUAAACUUUACAAGAUUAAUUCUGGGAUCGUUUCCCCAUGCAUAAAGUUAAGCGUAUGUGUAAGUCUGCAGGAUCUGGGCCUUCGUUCAUAAACUAUCUGAACACUGGACUGUAAUUAAAUUGGUAAUGCUCAUGUUCUAAACUGAUAGCACAAUGUGAACCUCAUGGCAUCAUGAAUAUGAGGUAGAAUUAAAGUCUCACCAUUCAAUAUACAGAACUAUGUAAAAUAUUUUCUAAUAUGAAUGAAAUUAUUCAAAGUAACAAUACUGAACAAAUUGCAUGAUAUCAAAGGAGCUUUUGGAUUUAAAAAUAAAACACAUAUUUGUAACCUGAAAGAUUGAUUAUAGCCUUUUAAAAAAAAUUAUACUGAGGAAUGAUCAUAUAUACAGAAAUGUUUAAAUGUUUUCGAUGCUUCUGAUCAACAUAUUCACUCUUCACAGAUUUUCAUUAUAUAAAAAGUCUUUCAGGAAGACCAUUGGAUUAUAGUUCUCUAAAUGCUUUCUCGCAAUACGAUUAUGUUAGUCUUUUAAUGCAGGCUGAGUCUGGGCAGAAUAGUAGGUCUACACGUGAGCAGUCAUUUGCUGUUGUAAGCAUACAGUAAAAGGGGGCUUAGUGAAGAAAUUGUUUGUUAUAUCUGAUGUACUUGACUAACAAUAGAAAGGUCUUACUGACAGCUCAUUCACCUGUGCACAUUGGGGAGGGAGGAAAACAGGGUAUGUGGGCAAAUAUGUACUUACUUUUAUAAUUUGAUGACAGUAAAGUAUAACUCCUAUCAAUAUGGUUAUGCUAUUAUAUAGUUUUAAACAUGUGAAGGUAAAGUACAUCUUAUCAAAGUCCUAAAAGGAAAAUACAAAUGAACUGUAUAAUGAAAGUGAUUACAAUUUUAAACUUUAAAAUGCUGCAUUUCAGAAUGAGUUACUUUGGAUUAAUCAUGUGGCAUAUCAGUCCAUACUUGACCGAAGUUGAAGGAUAGUUCAAAAUAUAUUUUGCAGUUUUCUGAAAGGAAAAGAAUGUAAGUGCUGAAUUCUCAAGCAGUUUUACUAUAUAGCUAGAUCAGAAGAUUAGGCAUGGCUUCAAUAUAUAAUCUAUCUGCUGAACAAGUAAAAAAUCAUAUCAAGGAGUCUUGGAAUUAUGCCCCUGCUGAACCCUAGGUAUCCAAAAAGAAGUUUUGUAUCAUUCUCCAGUCCAAGAUGUGGAAUCUAAAAUGCAACACAACACUGAUGAUAACAAAUUGCCUGAAUCCAUGUAUUACUCUGAGUUAGAUUAAACUGUCUUGUAUAUUAUAUAAACACACACAUCUCUGUUUAAUAUCUUGUAAAAUGUAGGUAUGGUUGUUGAGAAAAUAAAUGGAGCAAUGACACAUUUACAAAGAGUAAUGUGAGCUAUUCUUAGUGCUUACACGUUGGUUCAGUUGUAUGUGAUUUGGAGCCCUGUUUUUUUAUUUUUUGUGUUUUGUUUUGUUUUUGGGGUGCGUUAUUUGAUAGCUUGCAUUUUCAGUUUAAAAUAUUCAAUCUGGGAGAGAGGAUGUGUUACAAAUAUAGUUU